CAAUAAACAGGGCGUAAACAUCUGUCUUCGGCAUUACUGUUCAUAUCACUGCAGGAAAUGGUACAACUUAGCGAGAAGGAAUACCACACCUCAUUCACAGCACUCUCGAUCCUGGUACAAAAUCCAUCCGCCCUUGUGGUGAUAUACAUCAAUGUACUGCAGUAGCAGGACAAGGGCUCUCUCUCGGUGGCGAAUAGUCGGCAUGGAGAUGUCAGAAAGAACCAUGACCGGGAAAUCAUCGCAGACAUCCCAUGAGCCUAUUGUUCUUUGCGAUCAUUGUCAACAUGCAUUCUGUCCAUCCGAUACUCGCCCGCCCGCUUCUUUCGCAGAACAGUGUCGCGGUUUCUAUACCCCUUCGAGCAGGCAACGCGAAGAGAUCCUCCGCAAAAAAUCACGUCUUGAAGGCGUUGCCGAUGAUUACGACCGCGAAUUAACACGACUGCGCGACAUCGUCACCCAGCUAGAAUCGGGAAGAGCCCAAGUACAGACCCAUAUCGACGACUACGCUAGCCUAGCUUCAGCGCCUAUCCGUCGUCUGCGCAAUCCCCUUUCCCAGCCAAAUAAUUAUCAACCUUUCUUUUCUUCACUUGCGCAACAUGACCCAGACAAGAUUCUCAAGCGCAUAUUCACUUUCGCCUGCUACCGCGGCGAAGACGACGCCUUCGACUCUCACCUUCACUGGCUAACCCCGUUGGUAAUAUCACACGUCUGCUCUCACUGGCGCAAGGUAUCCUUGGAUAUGCCUGAGAUGUGGUCAUACCUAGACGUCACCUGGGACCUAAACCCGAAGUCCAAUCUAGAACUCUUACGUAUGUAUAUCGCCCGCACUAAAAUGGACACGCCAUUAUCGGUCAGGAUUAAUUCGGACAUGGAGCUCUUCAACCUCCACUACCGCGCCUUUAGUCUAGUCCUGGAGCAUGCCAAACGAUGGAGGGAGGCAAUCAUCAUCGUUGAUCAUCAGCUGCUUUGGCAGUUCCUCCCUGACUCCUUUGACAUCUUGGAGAAGCUAGUGCUUCGUAUUCUGAACAUUUAAAGAGACCAAAUUGUCGAGUAUUUUAAAUUUGUCCCGAAACUUCGCCAUGUCAAAAUAGACGCGGCGUUUAGCGAUUUAUUAUCUCCUUUCUAUGCGGAAAGCCCGGGCCUAAUGGGUGGGACAGAUGUCCCGGACGUUGUUUGUUUUGAGUCAUGCCAACUCGAUGCACCAGGUCUUCAUCUCUCGCUCUUCCCCCCGUUCCGCAGCGGCUCUCUCCAGUGGACCAACCUACAAGCGCUGACCCUCCAUUCCCUCUCUUCCGACUUCGAGAUGCUCUUAGAC